AGUGAGUUAAGGGAAACGCCGCGCUUUUAUCUGUAGCAGCGCGUGGCAGGUGUAGGUCGCUAGGCGCCUACGUUGACUCGGAGAGGGGCAUCCACAACCGAGUUUCCGCCCCAUAGGGAAAAAAAAAAAAAAAAAAAAAAAAAAAAAAGAAAUUGCGCACCUGCGUAGCCUCAACAAAUUAUCCAUUUACUUACCUACCUAAUUUGAUACGUCAAAAUCGCGAUAUCCAGCGCGAUUCAUAUCUUCAUAUGAAGACUCCCGCGAAAUGGAUAAUAGUUUAGUCAUACCGCAGACCGGGAAGCCCAAACGCGCGGGUCCCGGUCGGCCACCAAAGCGCCUCAGCGGUGCCCCCAGAGGCAGGGGACGGCCGCGCAAGUACGAACGUGACGAACCAGAGCCGCGGGAGAGGCUCAGGGUUCCUAAGACGCGUUUCGUUGCCGAAGGUUCGGAUAGGGUAACAAGAUCGGCGGUCGGGAGUAUCCCAGCGGCAGAUUAUGCCGAGGCUGAGGUGGAAGAAGCUGAGGUAUCCGAUAUGGCUGCCGAAUCCAGCCGGGCGAAGGGGAAAUCUCGGAAACGUUCGAGGGUAGAAUCGGCAAGUCAUGGACUUCAGUCUAGCCCGACCGCCGAAUCUCGCGACGAAGAAGACUCGAACCCUUUCGACCCAGACGAUGAAACCACAAGAAGACGUCCUAGGAAGCACCCAAGAACAGAACCCGAAAGUGGCGAUGAUCAACCAAGCCACGCCGCCCUCGCCGAUGAUAACGAUGAUGGUGACGAUAACGGCUACGCGCAAGACGGUUAUUAUAAUUUUCCGGACGACGUCGAUCCGACUGCCGCGAGCGAUUCAAUCCCAUGCGAGGGUAGAGAACAGAGUGAUAGAGGGCAGGCGGGCGGUAGCACCCAAGCCGGAGACGAGGGCCGGCGGGGAGCGGGCCUAUCUCAAAGGACCACUACAAAUGCGGCUACGCAAACCGCGCCGCUCGCCCCCUUGCCACAGGGCGAAGAAGGAUUGGUGGUUAGCCCAGAUGAGGAGGCCUUCCUCCUUAGACGGACACUCCAAGACCUAGUACCAGGAGGGUCGGACAUAGAAGGGAUCCAAGCUCUUUACUGGACCGCCGAGAACGAAAGGGCCUUCAGGGAACUGUGGCUGACUUAUCCGGAUGGGGCCCUAGAGCAGGGAGAUGAUGGAGGUGAGAACCAGCUGAAGCUUUGGAAGACAAUGCUCAUCUGCUUCGACGCGAUACCGUUGCAGCUUUUUACCUACGGUCUGAAGCCGCACGGGGGGCACGUAGCCGACACAAGCGUCUGCCUCGACCCCGAGUUCUGCAAAAAUUUAGAGCUCAUAUGUACUCACCCGCUGUGGGACGGGGACCUUGGCAAGAUGCGCUACGUGCUCCAGCAGGCCGCCGCCGCAACUGUAGUCGACCACGUCAAACCUGUGGUCCCUCUGAUCCGUGGUUGUCAGCCCGAGAAGCAUGGCAAACCGAACGAGGAGCCGGGGAGGCUUCAGCGUCUGGCGUCCUCCCAGUUCAACGAUCUCAGCCAUGACCCCACUAUCCGGUCCAUCGUACAAAAGAUGACCGAGGAUGCGGAGGUUAUGGAAACAUCGGAUGAGAUAUGGAAAAUGCUCUUCUUGUUGCGGCCAGUUCAUUUGCGCAUGGUUAUAGCCGCGUUAGACGCCGUACGGCCUUGGGGUCUACCGAUGUCGCUUUACAGCGUCGACGAAUGGAACCUACAUUUCCACAAGCGCUACGACGCGAUUGCGUAAAGAAUGGCUCCGGAAACCGGCAAGCAUUCCGGCGAAGAAUUCAGAGAACUUAUAUGGAAUUGCGAGGUGUCAGAGAAACGCGACGAGGCAA